GCUGCUAAAUUUGGCUGAUGAAUGUAUCUAUAUAAGUAUAAAUUCAUAAAUUCAUAUUAAUAUGUAUUUGUUAGGGUUUGAGAAAAAAUAUUAUUGAGAUCUUGAAGAAGAUGUCAUGCAAUUCUGAUACAGAAAGGGCAGCAGCAGCAUCUGCAUCGCAAUCUUCAUCUUCUCCACUUCUCACAUCCCAAGAUCACCAAUCUGCUGCAUCACCAGCAGCAGAAGUUGCAGAACCCCCAGUCUUCGAUUCAUCGUCUUCCGUCGUCACCAACUCUGAAGACAACCCAUCACCACCAUCGACUGAGCUCGAAAUCCCAAUUGGUUGGCCUCCCGAUGGCAAGCUCAGCCUCAACUGGAUACGAAACCUCAUGUCCGUUUUCGAUUGGGCUUCUAGAAAUAUCGAGCCCACUCAAUUGCCAGACGUAUUUCCCGUCGAGGUUUUUGAUAGCUUGGUUCUCUGUGCUUCCAAGAUCCUCCACAAAGAGCCCAAUUGUGUCGCCAUUGACAACUUAGGCUCUGAAUCCACAGUCGUCGUCGUAGGAGACCUUCACGGUCAGUUGCACGACCUUGUUUUCCUCCUCCACGAUGCUGGGUUUCCGUCAGAAAAUCGAUUCUUUGUCUUCAAUGGAGAUUACGUUGACAGAGGUGCUUGGGGUCUCGAAAGUUUCUUAAUUUUAUUGGCUUGGAAAGUGUUCUUUCCAAGAAAUGUUUAUCUCUUGAGAGGAAAUCACGAAUCCAAGUAUUGCACUUCUGUUUAUGGGUUUGAGAAGGAAGUGCUUACAAAAUAUAGUGAUAGAGGCAAGCAUGUGUACCGGAAAUGUCUUGGGUGCUUUGAAGGUCUUCCUUUGGCUUCCAUCGUUGGGAAACAUGUGUACACUGCACAUGGAGGUAUAUUUCGCCAUAUCCCUGCGACCCCCAAGAGAUCAAAGGGAAAGAAGAAUCGUAAGAUAGCUUUCAGUCCUGAACCAAGUUCAUUAUCUAUUGGCUCUUUUGAAGAACUAAACAAGGCGCGAAGAUCAGUUCUUGAUCCUCCAUGGGAAGGUUCCAACUUGAUUCCCGGGGACGUGCUCUGGUCGGAUCCCUCCAUGACUCCCGGCCUUUCUCCAAAUAAAGAGAGAGGCAUUGGUCUACUUUGGGGUCCUGACUGCACUGAUAACUUUCUGAAGAAAUUUCAACUGAAGUUGAUUAUCAGAUCACAUGAAGGCCCUGAUGCACGGGAAAAGAGGCCAGGUCUUGGUGGAAUGGAUGAAGGGUACACCAUUGAUCACAUUGUGGAGUCAGGAAAGCUCAUCACUUUGUUUAGUGCUCCAGACUACCCACAAUUUCAGGGCACAGAGGAGAGGUACAGAAAUAAAGGGGCUUACAUUGUUUUGGGACCCCCAAAUUUCGAUAAUCCUGUAUUUCAUAGUUUUGAAGCAAUUACUCCAAGACCAAAGGCGAAUGCCUUUUACAAUUUUGAAGAAGUGAUUGAUUCUGAUGAAGAGUUAGACUUGGCAUCAAUGGUGACUAGUCCGUGAAGGUCCAUUGUCGCUAUUUUUAGGAUUUGAAUCGCCAAUUUUACAACCUGUUCAUGAUUUUGUUGUUUUUAACGGCAUUUUCUUUUGCCUUGCUAAACACCCUUUCAAGAUGGGGUCGUUUCAUUGUAAUCAUUAUUAUUUUUUGGCUGUUACAUUUAUAAGUCUAUUACUUUUAUUCAUCAAUCACCAAUGAAACAUAAGAAGAUAGCUUUUUGUUAAGGGGAUUGUUUAACCGUUGUUAA